AUGUGCGGUGACUGGUAUCGACAUGUCUACCACAACUUUUCCCAGGGAGGAGAAACGUCUGUGAUAGCCGUAGAAGGACUGCUGGAACCAGCUUUACAGCUUUGGGAACUUCGGAAACACUCCGAGGAGGACGACACUUCGUUCAAUAAACACUGUUUGGCGCCGGUCCUACUGCUGCUUGCGCAGCUGCGCAAUGCCAGCAUCCCAACAUCCGCCAAGCGGAAGAGGGGACAUGACCUCGCCGUCCCGACUCCCACCAGAAGCUAUGAACACGCCCUUGAAUCUUUGCUGGCUAGACAUACAAUCCUUCCCGCUAGAACGGUGUUCAGUCGCAAGCACGAGCAACAGGCUCGGCGUCUCCAACCCGGCCAGCGAAAGAUGUUAUUGCAGCCCGCGAUCAAGGAAAGGUUGUCAUCGCUGAUGGAACUGAUUGAAAGCGGAACGUCUGGGACCCCCUUGAUAAACUCGCUCUGGCUGGUGCUCGAUGUAGCUAUGCGAUCUGUUUCGACACCUACACCACGGCAUCGUCUAGCAGAACGUCCGUGGAUUGAGGCUAUCUUUGCUGCCCUUAGCGACUGUGUCGCCAGCCAAGGCAGGCCACUCAUCAAUCGUAUUCUCAUCGACCUGUUGGAGAUUGUACGACGCAAUGGAGCUGGACAUACAGCACUGUCCGCUCAUACGCUCACCGRCCUGAUCAAACAGCAUGCAAUUACUGAAAGCGCCAGCAAUAAGGACGUGGACUGGCAUUUGGUCGCAAAAGUCGUCGAGCUCGACCCUGAUGUCCUUACCAACACGAGUCUGUCCGAGCAAUUGUUUGAUGCAAUCGGUAUGGAUACGGAUCACCAAUCGAGCCCGCCGGCCACUCUAUGGAGAGAUGAUAUCAUAGUUCCAACCAUGAAGGCUUAUGCUCGUGGAAGAAGUCUUUUUGUCUUCGUGGAUAUGUGGCACAAGCAACUUCUUCGGCCGCGGAGCACAAAGCAGCCAUGUGUAUGGGAGAGUCUGAGCGCGCCCUUUGCGGAUAUUCUGGAAGAGUAUGCGUUGGCGGAACAAAUUAUCGCCCAGAUUGAUCGCUUCUCUGUGCCAGUGAGUGCGGCAUUGGAAGCUGAGUCGAAGUUGACCAACGCAGAGGUAGAGUCUACUCUUAUUGCCAACAUCAUACUACUUGAAUCACUGCUCAGUGGCGCGCGAAGUGACGGCUUGAUUUCGAGCCUACAAGACAAGCWGCACGCCAUUCUACACAAUUCGAUUGACCUGGCUAGCCUUAAAGGCUUCAAGUCUACCAUUGCGAUGAGUGCUCACUACUGGAGCUUGCUCACGCGGGCCUUUCAGCUUUGGUUCCCUUUCUGGGCUACUAGACAAGACGAUAGUACCGCUGUUGAGCGUGAAGGAGUGGCCUUACUUGCAAGCAAGGCAUUGAAGCAUGCGCUUGCUCAGUGCUCGUCAUCAGGGACUGACGAGACGCGCAGCCACUCCUUGGAUACCGCACGCGCAGCCAGAGGAUUUGUUGCCAGUAUAUGUGCCUGCUUCCAACACUACGGAGGAGAAGAUGGAUGCGCCGGUCAGUGCGAAAAGGCCGUGGAGCACAUUGUCAAGCACAAAGUGGGCGCCGCUUCUGUUCUCGUCCGGCGGCAAGCCUUGCUCUCCUCUCUAAAGCCAAGUGCAUGCAAAGAGCUCCUAUCCUCGUCGUCACUUCUCACGGUCGAUGCUGGGGUUGAGGACUAUAGCACUUCGACUCCGAUCGAGGCUCUGCUGGACUCUUCUCGCGGCUCCAGCAAACAGCGAAUUUACGAAGAUGUGGUAUCCACCUUAUUGGCAAAACUGAAGGACAGCGAAGAUGAGUUGCGGCUUCUCUCAACACUCGCGGGUAUGGAUAUGCUCUCGAUCGAACAGGUACAGCGCGUUGAGAUACUGGACUCGGUCUCACAACUUCGCGAAGUGCCGCAGGGCCCGGAUGGAGUAGUGCGAUUGCAGGCUCGCUUUGCUGUGCUUCUGAAGCUGUUGGCGCUGCCUUGCCAAAAURCCCUCCUUUUGACAGAUCCUUCAACCAUCUGGAAGCUCACCAGUCUUGUCGAAUUGCCUAGGGUAAAGGCGGACAAUCCAGACAAUGAUACUUCACAGCUCGAGCCGCUCGCAAAUGUGGACCUCGUGGAGCAGAUAGCACGCUGCAUCCUUAAGUCGUUGUUGGCCACACAGGACAGUCAGAAAAGUCAAACGACUCUGGUGGGACUUUCGCAGCUCAUAAAAGAUGCCAUAAAGGCAGGCGCAAAAAGCGGCAAGCUCACUGCUUACGAUGGGCAGCUAGCUUUUAUCAGAGUCGCCAUCACGAUGAUAGAAACCAGCGCCAAGGAUGAUAUCAAGAAGCGCUUGGUAUACAGAGCAUCAAAGACUGCCAAAUUGUACCUGGAUACCCUCUUGGCAGAAUGCUCGUCGGUUUCCGGCGAUAAAGGAGCACAGCUUACAAGGGAUCAUGGAAUUYGUGCCAUUUCGGCUUUACAGGCACUGCUAGCUGCGCCCAAUUCCUUCAUCGAGCUAUCAGGUAUCGACUCGGCAGAUUACACGAAGCGGCUGUACAAGUCGGCUAGCCAACUCGCGUCGCCUUCCCGCGUUCUGGAUGAUCAAAUACUGCAGUCAAGACUUCUAGCAGUCUGUUUCCAGGUGCUCUGUCGUCGCGCACCUGGCAAGAAGAAUCUCACAGCAGUAGCGGAAGAUGUCCUUCAGCGCGAUCUGAAGCCUAGAGAUCUCGUCACAGUAUUGCUAGCGUACGAGGAAUCUUUCAAGCAGGCCGAUGCUGAGUGGAAGCUAACAGCCAUCACCACUCGAACGAAGUCGUCAUCCUCAUUUCUCCAGCAAGCCGUCAUUAGAGCAUUGACAAGGGAAGACGCCGAAGCUAUACCUUCUGCCAAGGACAUUGUAUCGCACACUCUACAAGCAGCGACCUCUUCCGAGACACCUCUGGCUGCCCGGCGAACAGCUCUCCAGACCCUGACUCUAGUAUUCAAAGAUAAAGCAUUCCUGACGACCCAACACACUAUCGAACAGACUCUUUCAGGUCUGCAAGAAAUGUUCUCAUCAAGCCACGCUGCAGACGUUGGCGCAAUUUACCUCGACAUCUGCCAAGUCCUGACAGUGAUCCUGGCACAACACAGAUCACGCCUACAGGGUCGCUUCCACCUCGUUAUUGGUGCACUGCAGCAGCUCACCGCCCACCUCUUCRGCGACAGCAAAGCGGGAGUCCACCAAGCGAGAUCUUUAGCCAAGCUACUGGAAUCGUUCUGCAACCCUCCAGCUCUGCGAUACAGAAAAGGAGGCAAACCUUCGGAACUCGUGGACGAAGCCAAAAAGGCCCAAGCGCAUGCUGGACAAUUUGCACAAUACCUCCUUCACUUUUACUGCAGUUGCGUUCUGACGGGUUCUUUGGGAGAGUGUGUUCGGGAAGCGCUUCUUCCUGGUCUGUACGCUAUGAUUGAGGCCAUGGAAGCGUACAAUGAGGAUGGGGUCAAAGUGCUAAGCUCUGCGGCUAGUAACAGCGAGAGGGCUGUCUUGAGGUCUGUGUAUGAAGAUUGGAAGCGGUUUGGGAAGUGGGAGGGUGUUUGA